CACGCUAUUGGUCGGCACCGCGUCGAGCGCGACUCCUCCUUCCGCUUGGCUACCGAAUGGCCCGCCAGCCGAGUGACAAACGGCGCCAUUGUCAAAUUGCUUCCGCUCGUGUGUGUUUCCUAUGCGGACAUUUCACCAAAACCAAACCGGAACCCAGAAUACGGAGUUCGUCGACGAUGAGCUGCCCGAUCAACCCCCCGGCUUCUCCGGCUGCUGCUGUUUUCCACAAGGUCUUCAGUUCUCAAAACGUGAGAGGAAGACCUGUGGGAAGGUCACUGGCGGCGCUCAGCUUCCCCAAAGCCAGAACUUGUUUGUGGGAUGGUGGACCCGCCGGGGAGAAGCUCUGCAUUCAUCUGUGCUCUCGCAGAAUGCCCCGCCUCCUGCUGCAUGAGAAAGCUCUUUGUCUGGCUAAGCGUCAUGUGCGCCGAUGCGAGACAGCUGACGUGCACUGCUUCUUCCUGGGCUCUGCGACCGUGGAUGCAGACGAGGGCGGCGUCACGGUGACGCUGGACCGCUUCGAUCCGGGUCGAGAGCGUGCUGGCAACUUAGACUGCGUUCCCGCCGCUGCGCUGCCGGGCGACGUCCUGGUUCCUUGUUUGUUCACCAGCCAGAACAGCUCCAACGACCUGGUCCAAUCGAAGGCCGAGCUGAAACGCUCCAUCUCUGCCUUGCAGGCUCACGUGAGCGGCUCGCAGCCCCUGGAGCUGAGCCAGUUGCUGAAGGUGAAAGGCCGCGUCAGCUGCCAGCCGCGGGGAGACGCUGCAUCCUACCACCUGGCCUGGUCAUCCGUUUGUCUGUCCGUCCGCUUGGACGUCCACCCGCUGUGCCCCGUCCCCAUCAUCCCCACCGCGCUGCUCAGGAGUCUGAGCGGCGCAAUCGGCCGCCGGCGAGGGUUUGUCACCAUGGAUGAGAGCAGGAAGUUGCUGCUGCUGCUGGAGUCUGACCCCAAAGCCUCCAAACUGCCGCUGGUGGGCGUCUGGCUGAGUGGUGUGACUCAGGUGUCCAACCCUCUGGUGUGGGCCUGGUGUCUAAGGUUCCUCUUUGACUGCACCCUCCAGCACAGAGUUGUGUCGGAGGACAACGCAUUCCUGCUGGCCAUCUUCGCCUCCCCGCGUGCAAGCCCUGCCUUCUUCCAGGUUCGUUGGCCCGCCACCACUGCUGCUUCCGCUCCGCUGGACAGCCAGCUGCUGAGCGCCUCGGGGUGCGUGACGCUCGAACAGCAGGGGCCAGCGGUGGAAGGUCAGACGUUGGAGUUUGAGCUGAUAGCCGAAGGUCACGUCCGCCAACUCCAAGUGUUCCAAGACGCUCAAAGCUCCUUGAGCAGCGACGGUCAUCUGAGGGUGGCGGCGCCGUGCAUCAGCGAGCAAGAUUCCGGCGUGGAGGCCGACGAGUGGUCGCCGCGGCCUUCGCCUCUGCCCCACCUCCCUGCGCAGCGGGCACCUGCGGUCCAGCCGGCAGUUCCGGAACUUUCCGUAUUGAUGGAUGACGGCGUGUCCGCCGACGGGCAUCGUGCUCCUCCUCUCCUCCAUAGCACCCCAGACCCCCAGGCGCCUCACCGCCUAAAGUUCUGCGCCGCUCCCAUGCCCGAGCCACGCGACCUUUGGCUUUCCGCGCGGGCCGGCGGUUGUUUUCCUUCAGGCCUGAGCGCCGGGUCGCCCCCCUGUGUGGCAUGCCCCUCUCAUGUGGUGGAAUCAUGCGACGCCCACCAGUUGCUCUUCCAGCAAGACCAGCAGCUCCGCCUCCUGCAGGCUCAGGUCCAGAUGCUGCUAGCAGCUCAGGAGGCCCAGCCAACCUACAAGACAGAGACCUCCUGUACCACCACCACCAGCGUCGCCGUGGCAACAGGCACCAGUCUCCUUUGGGGUGGUGGGACUCCACCUCGCCCCUUGAUCCCGUCCUCGAGGAAAAGUGAGGUUACAGGCCAAGAGUCGCCAGCCGAUGUGGAGUCCGACUUCUGCGGCGAACGCACGCACACAGGGCCCAGCGGUUGCCUGCAGGAAGCGACGAGGAAGGACCUAUCCCAGAGGAAAGGCCGCUGCGGCGGCGGAGCCCAAGAGUCCAUGAGCAUGACGUCGCAGGGCCGCAGGGGAGACGAGACUCAAUACAGGCUGGAGGUUGACCUUCUGACCACGUGGUGCAGGGACAACAACCUCCUGCUGAACGUCGACACGACCAAGGAGAUUGUUGUGGACUUCCGGAAGGGUCACACCCAACACCUGCCGCUGACCAUCGACGGUGCUGUGGUGGAGCGAGUGAGCAGCGCCAAGUUCCUGGGGGUUCACAUCAGUGAGGAUCUCUCCUGGUCCACCAACACCGCAUCACUGGCAAAGAAAGCCCAGCGCCGCCUGUACUUCCUGCGGAAACUUAGGCGAGCGAGCGCUCCUCCGGCCGUCAUGACUGCAUUUUACCGCGGCACCAUUGAGAGCGUCCUCUCCAGCUGUAUUGCUGUUUGGGGUGGCGGCUGCACUGACUACAACUUGAAGGCCCUGCAGCGCAUAGUGAACACGGCUGGUAAGAUUGCUGGUGCUUCGCUCCCCUCCUUGAAGGACAUUUACACCUCCCAUCUCACCCGCAAGGCGACCACGAUUGUGAGUGAUGUGAGUCACCCCGCUCACUCUUUGUUCGAGCUUCUGCCCUCUGGGAAGAGGUACAGAAGCCUGCGCUCCCGCACCUCCAGACUCUCAAACAGCUUCAUACUCCAGGCUGUUAGGAUCCUGAACUCGCUCCCCCGUUCUGCGUAGCGUCCUGUACUUUUA